UUUAUUUUAUUUUUUUUAAUUUUAUUAUUAUUUUUUUUUAAUUUAUUUUUGGGACAGAGAGAGACAGAGCAUGAACGGGGGAGGGGCAGAGAGAGAGGGAGACACAGAAUCGGAAACAGGCUCCAGGCUCCGAGCCAUCAGCCCAGAGCCUGACGCGGGGCUCGAACUCACGGACCGUGAGAUCGUGACCUGGCUGAAGUUGGACGCUUAACCGACUGCGCCACCCAGGCGCCCCAGGAGAAAAUACAUUUUAAGGGAAAAAGAUACAUUUUAUGACAAGUUGAAUGAAAAUGAUUCAGAGGCGUUGAUAUUUCCGGUUGCUUGGAAUCCAUCUGAAUUUCAGACUGAAGAGGAGAAAUAAUUCGAACAACUCUGCCAAACCUAAAACACAGCUCAGGUCCUCAGGUCCCCAAGUAUGAAUGUACCAUGGUCACAGAUCUCCUCACUUCCAUGAAGAUGUGCAAAUAUACUAUGGCUUUAAAAUUGUCCUACAGUGGAUCUCCUUCCUCCACGAGCCUUGUCUCGAUGGGGAUUCGAGGAGUGAGGAGCAGGAAUUCAAUCUGCCUGCUUGUGGACUUUCAGCCUGAUGCACACUUUCUCAUUCUGGUAGCAGCUCAGUCUUUCCAAUUCCUCCCCUUUCUCCACAAUAUCUGGGUGCACAGGGCCAUGCAGCCCAGUUGUGGCCCGGCCCUCUGGCUCCGAUUCUGCAUGUAAAGUGGCUACUCUGGCCUGCUGCCUUGACUAAGGACUGCUGAGGACCACCGGGCCCAUCUAGGGGUUGGGGCACCGUGCUCUCACCCACUGGUUGAACCUGUCACUCUAGUCGUUGCCCUCUCAUCACAAAUCCCCCUUCAUAGUGGCUUCUCGCUUCUUCCUCGAGGCCCCUAUAGGUCUGCCGGUCUUCACGGGACGCUCGCAUCCCCAGCACUGGCUGUGCAGAAUUUCCAGAUCCCUUGCAUGGGUACAGCAGGCUGUGGGGCCAGGAGCCUGCGCCAGGCCCAAGAAUCCAGUCACACCCUCUGCCAGUGACCCACGCUGCCAUGUUGAUGAGGAGUCCAUGUGAAUGUGGGUGUUUCCUGGCCUCCCCAAUGGAGGCCAGGCAAAUACUCCUCUGCUGUCAGCUUUCCUCUGAACACAUCUAUGUACCUGUUCUCUUGGCUCCCCAUCUAUUGGGAUGGAAGGUGUGACGUUUUCACUUCUCAGGAAAUUUCUCUGCGUCAUAAUCUACUCCCUUCCAAAUAGUCAAAUCGAACACCUGACGGUCAGGCAGGACUUUGCAGAGGAGGGUAACGUGAUUAGGAGGAAACACUUAGAUGGUUAGAGCGGGUGAGUCAGAAAGGGACAGCUGGAGCCGGAGAGUCCUAGAGGAAGGUUGUAGGAAAGGUGGUUUCGAGUUACCAUGCUGGGCAGGGAUUUGGCAAACGGCACAGUUCAGCGUAGCGUUCAGGGAGCAGGCUUGGAACCCGCCCAUCUCCUGGCUUUGUGACCUUGAGCAAGUUACAUAACUUCUCCAGGGCUCAAUAUUCUUGUUUGCAAGGCGGGGAUCAUAAUGGUACUUACCUCAGUGGUUUGUUGUGUUAUAGGAAAUAAUGCCUAUGAAUGCACAUCAGGCACCCGGCACAGCCUAACACACGGCACGGCCACCAUAACCAAGGCUGUCACGAGACUCUCGAAUACUACUGCUCUGAGUACAAAGAGGGAAAGCCAGCCGUGAGUACCACCCGAAUGCAAGUCGUUACUCAUAUUAUGAUGUCAGGCAGGAGAGGCUGGAGAAAGUUGGAGGGUACAGCCUCGUCUCCACUCUGAGGCACGUGUGAAGUCUGAGUGGAUAUGGACAAGGAACAGGAAGUGGAAAGUGAUAGAGCUGGAACCCCGGAAGUUCCGAACAUGAGUCCAGAGAAACAAGAAGCAGAUCAAGGUGAUGCUAAUGAAAGUCCAUUAUUACAGGGCCUGUCCAACCACGUGACUCCCCUGGUCCCAGAAUUCUUGGACACAGCACACAUCCAGGAGAAGGCCUCGGCUUCGGAGGCCGACAACAUACAACACAUGCCUGCAAAGCAAUCCAAAGGUCCACAGCUCAAGGUCAUAUUCCCACCGGCACAGGGCGGUAACAUCUUCAAUUUCUCAGCAAUGACCAUGCAACCCAAGCAGGCUGGCACCCCCAGUUUUUCAGCAAAAAUCAUCCCUCGAGAGCAGGGCAGUAUCCCCAAUUCUUUAGCAAAAAUGAUCCUGCCCAGGCAGGCUGAUACCCCCAAUUCUCCAGAAAAAAUGAUCCCGCUCAAGCAAGCUGGCAUCUCCAAUCCCUUAGCAAAACCCAUUCCACCCAAACAGGCUAACAUCCCAAGUUUCUCAGCAAAAUCCAUCUCACCCAAGCAGGUUGACACCCCCAGGUUUUCAGCAAAAAUAAUCCAACCCAAGCAUGGCAGUAUCCCCAGUUCUUCAGCAAAAAUGAUCCUGCCCCAGCAUGGCAAUGCCCUCAAUUUCCCAACCAAAAUCACCCCACCCAAACAGGCUGAUAUCCCCAAUUCCCCAGCAAAAAGCAUCCCACCCAAACAGGCUGGUACCCCCAAUUCCCCAGCAAAAACCAUCCCACCCAAGCAGACUGACACCCCAAAUUUUUCAGGAAAAAUCAUUCUACCCAAGGACAGUGAUACCCCCAAUCCCUCAGAAGAAAGGAUCCCACCCAAGCAGGCUGAUACCCCCAAUUCCCCAGCAAAAACCAUCCCACCCAAGCAGACUGACACCCCAAAUUUUUCAGGAAAAGUCAUUCUACCCAAGGAGAGUGAUACCCCCAAUCCCUCAGAAGAAAGGAUCCCACCCAAGCAGGCUGAUAGCUCCAAUUCUUCAGGAAAAAUUAUUGCACCCAAGCACGGUGACACCCCCAGUUCCUCAGAAAAAACCACCCUGCUGCAGGAGGAUGGAAUGUCUACUUCCUUAGAAAAAAACAUCCCACCCAAGCAGGAUAACAUCCCCAUGUCCCCCGCCAAAACCAUCCUGCCUAAGAAGGGCAAGAGUCCCAAGUUCUUAGCAAAAUCCAUUCUGCCCAAAGAGGCCAACACCCCUAAGUUCUCAGCAAAACCUUUCCUGUCUAAACAGAUCAACAGCCCCAAGCUAUUAGUGAAAUCUACCCUGUCCAAACACAUCCCCAUCCCCAAGUCCUCAGAAGAAAACAUCCUGCCCAGAGAGGGUGACACCAAGUGCUCAGAAGACAGCAUCCAGCCCAGAGAGGGUGACACCAAUUGCUCAGAAGACAGCAUCCAGCCUAAGGAAGGUGAUAUCCCCAAGUCCUCAAAAGAAGCCAUCCCGCCCAUAGAAGGAGACGUCCUGAAGGCAUCAGGGUCAAUGGAGCUUCUGGAAGUGGACUUGGUGAAGAUGAUCCUAAGCAAGGAGGACUUCGAGUUGGCGCUCAAGGAGGCUGGGGAGAGGCUGGUGGCCGUGGACUUCUCAGCCACGUGGUGUGGGCCCUGCAGGACCAUCAAGCCCCUUUUCCAUUCCUUGUCUGUCAAGUACGAGGACGUGGUGUUCCUGGAAGUGGAUGCUGAUGAGUGUGAUGAGCUGGUGAAGGACCUUGAGAUCAUGUGCAUCCCAACCUUUCAGUUUUAUAAGAAAGAAGAAAAGGUGGGCGAAUUUUGCGGCGCCGUAACAGAAAAACUCGAAGCGAUCAUUGCAGAGUUAAAGUAAUUGUGGAUUCUGAAAGCAUUGUAGACAGUCGGCUCGUGAUAAUCUGUGAUUGCUUUUUUAUUUACCAAAAAAGGUGAGGCGUAACAAAAGUGUAUGUCUGAAUGGCCCCCUGCUCAUAAAUUAUUAAGUAUUAACUCCACCUUUUCGAAAAGUGGUAAAGCACUGAAGCCUACUGUGACCAUGUUUUCAUUGGUAGGAAAGGGUGAUAGUAAAGUUUCCUUUGGUGGAGAUUGGGAGUCCACCUGUCUCGUAUUUUUGUACUGUGAUUUGUUUGGGAACUCACCCUUGGAAAUCCAGCUCAUUUGGUGUUUGUGGCAACAGUGGAAAUUUAGACAGUUCUUCGGUACAAGUACAUGAUUGAAAGAUGAGUGGAGACUUGUUUUCUCAUGCUCACAUAUCUUUUGGGGUUUCUGAUAGGAUACUUUGGGAAAUACAGAAUUUGAAAGAUCCACAGAUCAUACCUAACCUCCUCUGGGUGCAGGGAGUGCUCUAGAGGACUCUGGAAAUCCCAUGGCUUCACCCACCCCGCGUGGGAUUCGUGGCUGGCACAGCCAAGCUCAAAGCUAGCUUCCCAGAUCUCAAGUGCAGGCCUUUUUCUACUAAUCACGCCCACAAAAACCUCGACAGAGCCCAAAGCUUCUGGUUUCUCAGACCGAGCACUUUAUUACUCAGGUCAAAGUCAGGGUGAUCCUCAGUGCCAUUAUGACAUCAGCUCCCCGGUGGCAGAUUUCUUACUUUGUCUCCUGGUAACUGGGUUUCUAAAACCUGCUCCCAGAUGUCUCAGAGCCCAAAGGCCCAGGUCUGGGUCACAGAUGGUGGCUUGGUCCAGAGUUUUGUGUUUACAAAAGAAAAAUGUGUAUGGGAUCCGUACACCUAUACUAGCAAAUAUUUAAUGUAUACGAUUUGAUGAGUUUGGACAUAUGCAUGGACUUAUGAUAUUACCACAAUCAAGAUAAUAAACAUACCCAUCGCUUCCAGAGGUUUCCUUGUAUGUCGUAUUUUUUGUUGUGGUGGUGGUG